CGUACAUAAGGAGACUUCCUUUAAAGAAUUGUUGAUGGCUUGACUCGCCCCAAAAAAGCACUUCUUUAGUGAUUUUUAUAUAAAUUACCCUGGUUUUCCAAGGGAUAAGUACGUUUAAUCCAUAGGAAAGUUUCUCGUCAAAAACUUUUGUGGGGAAACCCUUCUAAGUGGAAACAUUCACGUGGAUGCUUCCUUCUUUCAUCAAAACAUGCCGGGAAUUGUUGUAUUUAGGCGUCGCUGGAUGGUUGCAAGCGAUGAUUUGGUUAUUCCGUUUGGAAUUGCUUUCGUCCUUAGAGGAAUAUGGAUGAUUGUAUUGUCAUUAGCUGUUGGUAUCUAUCAUGGCUUUUACCACCUGCACCAAGCUGACAAAGAAGACCAACAUAUUUGUGAACAGACCCUAGAUUAUUUUAUGGGAGGCUACUUAGCCCUUCUUUUUGCAACAAAUAUUAUGGAACUUUCCAUUGCAUGGAUGAGUGGAAAGGGGUCCAUCAUGGACACUGAACCUCGAAAUCUAAUACCACAACUUCUCUAUGUUCGUCUUGUCCUUGCUAUCUUGGAAGUCCUAUGGCUUUCAAUAGGGAUAAAAUGGAUAUUUAUUGAUGGCACAACAUGUGAAUUGACUCAUGAGAUUUAUAUUUCAAGAGCAAUUGUGAUUUUCAACUGGCUGUUUUUAUUUACAGUUAUGGUUAUUAUAUAUUGUAUAUUUGACUCUGCUGGGAAAAUGUGGGUUGAUUUUAAUGAGGCACAGCUAACAGGAGAUAGUAUAGAUGCUUCAGUCAGUUAUGGUAACCACAUCAUGCGCAAAUAUGAAAAACGUUGGGAAGGAUGCUUCAAGCGAUGUUUUUGUUGCUCUGGAGUAGGACAAGGAGAUGAUAAUGUCUUUACCUUUAUUGGAAGGAAGCUUGCAGAAUAUUUCCAAGAUUUGGAUGUUGUUCCAUCAGACUUUGCAGCUGGACUUGUUUUGCUAAGAAAGUAUCAGAAACAACAAGAACACUAUGCCCUGAUGAAGGCAAUUGAGCAACAACAAGUUCUAGAUUCUCAGAAAGGUGUCAAAAAGUCAUCACUACGCUUUCAAAGAACAAACACAUCUAGAGCACUGAACCUCAAAGACAAGAAAGAACUGCUUCUAUUCAAGGAUGUUGUUUACUACAUGAACUAUGCAUUGUCUGCUUAUGGUUGGCCAAUUUACAUGAAGAACAAUGUAGCUUGUGGAUGUUGCAAGCUCUUAAAAAGUUUCAGGUGUUGCUAUCCAUGUCGUCAUCCAGACCCCAGGUCACAAAAGUUUGUUGACAUUGAAAGUGACAACUGCUGCCGAUGUAAUUACUCAGCCCUAAAGAGGAUAGCUAACAUUCACAAUAGUGAUGUCAUUUAUGUCAGCUAUCACAACAAACUCUUUGAAACACCUUUCUUUGUGAGUGUGGAUCAUGUUAAAAAAGCCAUCGUAGUCACAAUCAGGGGAACUUUGUCACUUCAGGAUAUCCUUACAGAUUUCUCCGUUGAGCCAGAAAAAAUUCCCUUGGAUGAUGGAGAUCCAACUUGGUUUGGACACAAGGGCAUGAUAAGAGCUGCCCUCUACCUCAAGAAAAAAUUGGAGACUGGCUAUUUAGCUCAAGCUUUUCAUUCUGAUCCGGAGAGGCACACUGAAUUGUAUCGCCUCAUUGUGGUCGGUCACUCACUCGGUGCUGGGACAGCAGCUAUUCUGGCCAUGUUACUGCGACCGUCUUACCCGGAUCUUUUUUGUUAUGCCUUCUCACCACCCGGAGCCACCUUGAGUCUACCGGCGGCAAAGUAUGUCCGUGAUUUUGUCAUCUCAGUCGUCAUUGGGAAAGAUAUGAUUCCAAGAUUGAGUCUUUACACUAUGGAGGAUCUUCGGAACAAGAUAAUGGCCGUGAUAAAAUAUUCCACCACUCCAAAGUGGAAGAUUUUACGUGGAUGCGUUUGCCGUUGUGCAUUCGUGUGCUGUUAUGGGUGCAGAUGUGUCAACUGUGAUGCUCAGCUACGAGAUAGUGAGGCAGACUGGGAACACUUCCAGUUGCCUAGCAACAAGGACUCUCAGACACCACCAUUCUUUCCACCUGGAAGAGUAAUUCACGUGGUCAAAACUGUGUCCGUUCCAGGCCGAUGCGGUCGGAAGGGGACCAUAUUCGAACCGGUUUGGGCUGACUUACAGGACUUCCAGACGAUUCAAAUCUCAGGCCUUAUGUGGGAGGACCACAUGCCAGACUUUGUUCUAAAGGCGCUAAAUCAGUGCCUUCCCUCCAAGGAACAGGAAGAGAGUGUUCUUUCAGCCCCAGAUUCACCAUUUCCUAACGUACUAGAGGUCCCUCCUACAGGAUUUGUGGCGCCUAAUCACUUUCAUAAGCAAAAUAAUCACAUUGCGUCAAGAUCACUUCGAGAAGCGAAUGCGGUCUGUGAUACAGAUGACGAAGUACUCGAGAGAGUUAUUUCUACUGACUCGCUGGCGUUGGAACUGAAUCACCCCUUAUGGCGGGUAGCUGCGCUGUCUUCAGAGUCACGUAGAGCACCGAUUGCGCGCCCGGAAAGCGGCUUUGAGGAUUCCGAUUUAGAAGAAAGUGCACCAUCUUCGCGGGUUUCCGCCACCUGGGCUAAUUACAUACUUCCUUCUGUCCCGCAAAGCACUGAUAACGUUGUCAUAGACAUUCAUCCGCGUCCUCGCGCGAACACAGACCUUUCUGAGUCACCAACCUCAGAAAGAUUCACGAAACUUUAUAACGAUACAAGUAAGGCUACCUCUUCUGGUUCAAUUUCGACAAAUAUUUCUUGUACGCCCCGAUCAAACGGGGCUCCACCUCCUAAACCUCCACGAACAUUCGAGACAGAAAGGUCCGAGGGGAGGCAGAGUUUCAGAUAUAAACCGCCGCCGAAGCCGCCGCGAACUUACGAGUACGACUCUCAAAUUCAAGCGAACUUUUCUUCAUCUUUGUAUUGGAAUUUUCCUCGUCCACGAGCACAACGGUAUCAGACUCAGUUUUCGUCUCCAGAUCUGGACGGAAGUAAUCUUUCCUCUGACUCGUUGGAUGGAAAAGAAUCUGGAGAAAUACUUCCUCCUUAUAGUCCACAUCGUAAACAAAAACAGUUUACUUUUCGGAUAAUCAACGACCAUGUGAACGGUGACCUUGAACACAAUAGAGAAAAUUCCUCUUUCUCUAAACAAAGUUGUCAUUUAAAUGGCGAUGCUAUCCGGAGACCGAAGGCACGGUCGAUUGAGUCAUCGGGCCCCGAGUCUCGGUUUUCGGUUUCGGAUUCGGGUCUUCAUAUUUCACAAGAAGAGGAAUUCUUACUAGGAUCUGUUAAACCGCGCGGGGGAAGGCGAAAAAGAAAGCCGAUUAAACAAGCCACUUCAGAGAUACUCCAGCACUCAUGCUCCACCGCAGACCAGCCUCUGACCACGCGAAGAACUGAUGCGAAUUUUUUAGAGACCACUUUAUAGCAUAGCUGGAAGUUAUGGGGAUUUGUAAGUUGUAAAGCCUUAGUUUGCACAUGAAGGGAAGUCCCGUUUGUCUACUCCCUAGGUUUAGUUUUAGUGGAGAGAGAGGUUAACAAUAGUUGUGAAAUAUUUUAAAUUAUUAAGUAA